AUGGAAAUAACCAAUUUUAUAGUAAACACAUUCCUAAUCUUAUCUAUUCAAUUCCUAACAGCUUUUCCACUAGUGGACAAACCAUUUGAUAAUGAUCAAAUUACAAAUGUAUAUCCGUCAAUGACUCCUAUUGGCACAAAUUCAAUAAACAUGACCUUUUCCCGUGCUGUUGAAUCAACCAUUCCUGUUAAUAUAUCGAUCUACCAAAAACUUAAUGAAAGGAACAUUUUACGACAAAGAUUUUUGUGCUUCAGACAAAAUUGCGUGAUUGGUGACGAUGAAAAUUCGCUUACUAUUAAUUUACUUAAUAUAACUUUUAACGUACCAAAUGCCACCUACUUUGUCGAAAUUGAUGAUGCCUUUCUUAAGUAUAAGGGUACGGAUGAAAUGAUUUCUGGUAUAAAGCUAGGCACUUGGGUAAUCAAAACAACAGGAAAAUAUAAUAAAACUAACGAUGAUUCUGAAAUAAUAUAUGGAACUAUACGAAUAACCAUUGAAGGAACAAAAUAUUAUAAAAAUUUAACAGAUAGUAAAAAAGACUUUAACCAAAGAAUGAUAAAACAGAUUUCGGAAAGCAUUCCAGUUGACCUUUUAAGAUUAAAUCAUUCGCGUAAUUAUUUUGAAUUUGAUAAAGAUGAAAAAAAAGAACAUCUAUAUAUGAUUUUCAGGAUUGAUCCACCCAAAUAUGGUUUUAACAAUAAAACUGCCCAAGAUGUUUUUGAUGAUUUUGUCAAAUUAUCCAAAAUCAAUAGUGACAUUCAAACAUACUUGGAUCUUAAUAAUUACACAAAAUUUAUUGAUAAAACUUUCACGCCUCGUAAAUCAUCUAAUCUACAGGAAAAAAUUAAAAUUAAUUUACUAAACUUAACAAGUGAUAAAUUAUUUUUAGCAUUGUUUAUAUGCAGCUUAGUAUCAUUAAUUGUUCUAACUCUAUUUGGCUAUAUAAUAAAUAAAAGGGCUGAUAAAGCUGCCGCUGAAAGCGCUAAAGAAACUGAUAAACCUAAAUUUGUUAAAUUUAAAAAUUUAUUUGCUAAAGCUAUGCCAUUUAAAGUUGGUAAAAAUCAUCAAAACUCUAAAGCUACUGAAGCUGCUGAAGCUGCUGCUGAUAAAAAAGCUGAUUAUUUGAUUCUAUUUAAAGUUGCUUUUACCUUUUUUGAUAUGUUCAAUGACGUUAACUUUCUUUAUGAACUUAAAGAUAAUUUGCAUGAUUUAUUAUAUCCAAGUAUUAUUUUCACAUUUAUUCCAUUUCUGGUGAAUUUUGUCAUGGCAAUUAUUAUAUUGUUAAAAGAGAUUAGGAAUAAUGAGAAAGAAGAAUUCAAUAAUUGGUUUAAAAAUAAUAAUUCAUACUUAGUUACAACAAUUACGGUAUUUUGUAUAGGAGAUAUUGGAUUACUUCGUUUACUGGAUUCAAGGUUUGCUAAUUUAGAAUUAUUUAAAGCUCUAUUUCAGGAAGAAAAUUUGAUAAAUUGGGGUCGAUUUAUAAACUUAAUGAUUGAGGACAUUCCACAAUUUGUUAUUCAGAUAUUAUAUGUCACCGCAAUAACAACAGAAUAUAACAGCAACGUUGCUCUGUUAACUUUAAUAUCAAGUUUUAUAAUGAUUCUCAUAAAUGCGGUUUUCUUUGGUUUAGGAAUGUUGAUAAAGCAUUGUUCCAACGCCCAUAAAUGA